UGUGCUGUGCACACCUCGCCCGGGGGAGGACGCAGACUCAGGCAGGCGGCCGGGAUGUCGGCGAAGGAGAGGCCAAAGGGGAAAGUGAUCAAGGACAGCGUCACCCUCCUGCCCUGCUUUUAUUUUGUGGAGUUACCUAUAUUGGCAUCAUCGGUGGUUAGCCUGUACUUCCUUGAACUCACGGAUGUCUUCAAACCUGUACAUUCUGGAUUUAGCUGCUAUGAUCGGAGUCUCAGCAUGCCAUACAUUGAGCCAACCCAGGAGGCAAUUCCAUUCCUCAUGUUGCUUAGCUUGGCUUUUGCUGGACCUGCAAUUACGAUCAUGGUAGGGGAAGGAAUUCUCUACUGUUGCCUGUCCAAAAGAAGAAACGGGGUUGGACUGGAGCCUAACAUUAACGCUGGAGGCUGCAACUUCAACUCUUUCCUUAGAAGAGCCGUCAGAUUCGUUGGUGUUCAUGUAUUUGGACUAUGCUCUACAGCUCUCAUUACAGAUAUAAUACAACUGUCCACAGGAUAUCAGGCACCAUACUUUCUGACUGUGUGCAAACCAAACUAUACCUCUCUCAAUGUGUCUUGCAAAGAGAAUUCCUACAUUGUGGAAGAUAUUUGUUCUGGAUCUGACCUUACAGUGAUCAACAGUGGCAGAAAAUCAUUCCCUUCUCAACAUGCGACCCUCGCUGCCUUUGCAGCUGUGUAUGUUUCGAUGUACUUCAAUUCCACAUUAACGGAUUCCUCUAAGCUUCUGAAACCCCUCUUGGUCUUCACAUUUAUCAUCUGUGGAAUCAUCUGCGGGCUAACACGGAUAACUCAGUAUAAGAACCAUCCAGUGGAUGUUUAUUGUGGCUUUUUAAUAGGAGGAGGAAUUGCACUAUACUUGGGCCUGUAUGCUGUGGGGAAUUUUCUGCCUAGUGAGGAGAGCAUGUUUCAGCACAGAGAAGCGCUCAGGUCUCUGACAGAUCUCAAUCAAGACCCCAGCCGCGUUUUAUCAGCUAAAAACGGUAGCAGCAGUGACGGAAUCGCUCACACAGAGGGCAUCCUCAACAGAAACCACAGAGAUGCUAGCUCCCUGACAAACCUCAAAAGGGCCAACGCUGAUGUGGAGAUCAUCACUCCACGGAGCCCCUUGGGGAAGGAGAACAUGGUCACCUUCAGCAACACCCUGCCGAGAGCCAACACUCCCUCAGUGGAAGACCCGGUGAGGAGAAACGCAACCAUUCACGCUUCCAUGGAUUCCGCUCGAUCCAAGCAGCUCCUCACCCAGUGGAAGAACAAGAAUGAAAGCCGGAAGUUGUCCCUGCAAGUUAUGGAGAAUGAGCCUGGACAGUCUCCACCCAGAUCCAUCGAAAUGAGGUCAAGCUCGGAGCCAAGGGUGGGGGUGAAUGGAGACCAUCACGGGCCUGGCAAUCAGUACCUCAAGAUCCAGUCUGGCACCGUGCCCAGCUGCAACAAUAGCAUGCCGGGAGGGCCGAGGGUAUCCAUCCAGUCCCGCCCCGGGUCCUCCCAGUUGGUGCACAUCCCCGAGGAGACCCAGGAGAACAUAAGCACCUCCCCCAAGAGCAGCUCUGCUAGGGCCAAGUGGUUGAAGGCUGCGGAGAAGACUGUGGCCUGCAACAGGAGCAACAGCCAGCCCCGCAUCAUGCAAGUCAUAGCCAUGUCCAAGCAGCAGGGAGUCCUCCAGAGCAGCCCCAAGAACACGGAAGGCAGCACGGUCUCCUGCACUGGCUCCAUCCGCUACAAAACCCUGACAGAUCACGAACCCAGCGGGAUCGUGAGGGUCGAGGCGCACCCGGAGAACAAUAGGCCCAUCAUACAGAUUCCAUCCACCGAAGGGGAAGGCAGUGGCUCCUGGAAAUGGAAGGCCCCCGAGAAGAGCAGCCUUCGCCAAACCUACGAGCUCAACGACCUCAACAGGGACUCCGAGAGCUACGAGUCCCUGAAAGACAGUUUCGGUUCCGGAGAUCGGAAGAGAAGCAACAUUGACACUAACGAGCAUCACCACCAUGGCAUCACCACCAUCCGAGUCACCCCAGUGGAGGGCAGUGAAAUCGGCUCGGAGACACUGUCCAUUUCUUCUUCACGCGACUCCACCCUGCGGAGAAAGGGCAACAUCAUCUUAAUCCCUGAAAGAAGCAACAGCCCUGAAAACACUAGAAAUAUCUUCUACAAAGGAACCUCCCCGACACGGGCGUAUAAGGAUUGAGCGAUGAUGACCGUUCAGUGCUUUGGGUCACUCCCGGAGGCCGUGUGUGGCUCCUACCUGCGCUCUGUUGCAGACGACUGGGAAGCCUUUCACCACACCGGAUCGUCCACCAUCAGCCCGGCACUCUGUAACUCUUGAGGUCUACUAGGCUGAACUUGUAGAUUUUACCAAGGGGAGGGAAAAGCACAAUGCAAGAACCUAACCAGUGUGAUCAUGUGUUUUCUUAAGACCUGUCAUCAAACUCAAAAGGUUUUGCAGAGGACAGUAUCCAAAAAAGUGGUUUCCUUCAGUGUAUACUGUUUUACUUUCUGAAUGUGCCAACUUUGGGGAAUUUUCUUUAGUACUAGCUGUAGGAAGCCAGAACACAGGUUUUCCCUGCAGCAGAGGCCAUGCAGUAUUAUAUAUUCAUUUUGCAGAAUCUGCACCAAAAGCUCAGUAUGGGUGGUGCUGAUUACUAUAGUACAUGUACCAUGUAAACUCUCAAACUCUAUUUAGCUGUGAAGUAGUGGUGUGCAAUUCCUUGUUGAAGAAAUACUGCUUUAUUAAGAAGAUACUGGCUACUUUGUGUUAGAAUAGGACACCCCGCAGCUUCCUCCUAGUGGCUCUGUCACAGUCAAGAGAAGAAAGGGUUCAUGUGCAUUUCUUCAAAAUUAUGCUUUCUUCAA